CAAGGCCCAUAAGGAAACGAUUAUAGAGCUUCUAGUCUUUUCAUUUGCACUCCCCUAAAGAUAAAUAAUAAAUAAAAACCUCAAAACUGAUACUAGGGUUUUCGUUUCGCCGCUCAGAUUUUGUGGAAAGGAUCUCACUUUAAGCAAUGGCUCCAGCUAAAGUUGAUGUUACUAAGAAGCCUGACCCAAAGGCCAAGGCCUUGAAAGCUGCGAAAGCGGUGAAGUCAGGCCAAAUCAUCAAGAAGAAGGCGAAGAAGAUCAGGACAAAGGUGACGUUCCACAGGCCAAAGACACUGACGAAGGCUAGAGACCCAAAGUACCCACGCAUCAGUGCAACUCCAAGGAACAAGUUGGACCACUACGGAAUCCUCAAGUACCCACUCACCACCGAGUCCGCAAUGAAGAAGAUUGAAGACAACAACACCUUGGUCUUCAUUGUUGACAUCCGUGCAGACAAGAAGAAGAUCAAGGAUGCUGUCAAGAAGAUGUAUGACAUUCAGACGAAGAAAGUCAACACACUCAUUAGGCCUGAUGGAACGAAGAAGGCGUACGUGAGAUUGACUCCUGAUUACGAUGCUUUGGAUGUGGCUAACAAAAUCGGAAUCAUCUAAUCCAUCAAUCCAUUUUCCUUUUGUUCAAAACAGACUUCAUGUUUUUCUCUUCUGUAGUUUCAGUUUUGUUAGAAAAAUGAAGGAUAAUACAUCUCUUUGUGCUUUAAUCGUUGGACUCAAAAGUGUUGGUACUUACUGGUGCGUUAUAAUUUUCUUAUUAUCA